CUGAUUUUUAAUGGUAUAAAUAGUCCGCUUCUUAGAUCUAAUUUCCAUAGUACUUCAGUACACAUCUCAUCAAAGUUGUCCAUUCAAGCUCAAACAUAAUUAAAAACCAAAUCAAAAUGAAAUUUGUGGCCCUCUCCGUUUUUGCAAUUGCUGUCAUUUCCUCAAGCAUCGUUCAAGGAACUUUCACUGCAAAACGUCCUUGCUUAUGUCCUAUGCCACAAAUUGUUGAAAGACCCAUUUUAGUUGGUUGUCCAGCACCUACCCAAAAAAAUUGCUUCUACCCACCUUGCAAUUCUACAAAUACCAAUAACGUUUGUGGUGCAUUGAAUGGAAAUUGUAUGAUUUUCGAUUGUUUAUAUGAACUCUAUAACAAAAAUUGUGCUGACGAUUUAAACAUUGAAAAUGUUAGCAUGAUGUAUUGUGAAAAUAGAGCCCUAGGACAGCCCUUUUCCCCCUGCAGUAAUUUGUAAGAAAAUUAAUAAGGAUACAAAUUAUAAUGAAGGCUUCAUGCAAAAUAAAUAAAAAAAAAGUUUU